UGGCAACCAAUUAUAAAACCAGGCAAGAUGAAUAACAAUUGUACUCAGUAUGAUCAUUCCGAUUUAGAUUAAGAAGUCUUGUCUACUUUAUGCACUGCCUUUGAUUAAGUUCACCCAUAGAGUUUAAUGGUUCAGUUGUACAGCCUCAGUUGUACAGGUGGGUGUAUUCAAAAACCUUCCAGUACUCAAUCACUGAGCGGACCGGUAGUAGACCCCUCCUUAUGGUCCCUCCUGCCGUGACCUCAUACAAGCCUCGUCAGUGUGCGAGGGAGUGAGGAGGGUUUGUCACUCCGCUGCCGAAACUCCACACAAGACCCCAUGCGGAAAGAAGCGCACGGAAAACUUUGUCACUGAUCGACUCCUUGCUCCUUCAGCGCGGGACAAGAAGAAAGAGGAGCACACGAAGUCCAAGAUGUUCAAGGCCGUCCUCAAGAAAGGAAGAGGAGGAGGAGGGAGGGGGGACAAGAAAGACACAGAUGUUGAGUUCUACACACAGAGCAGCCAGUUUGGGGGAUCCGCCCGGGCCUCUCCCUCUCGGGGCAUCUUCCCCUCCUCGCCCCCGCAGCCGUACCCCUUGGAGGAGGGAGGGAGGCCCGGUCUGACCCGUGGGGUGUCCCUCUCGCUCCCCUCCUCCCCCCUGCUCCCUCCUCGUCAGCCCUACAUCACCCCGCUGCGCACCAGCAAGAAGUCCCCAGGUCCGCUCAGGAAGCCCAAGUAUGUGGAGAGUCCUCGGGUUCCCGGAGAUGCUCUUGCAACUGCACUGAGAAACAAAGAGCUGUACCACAAUGAGCCCUGUUCCUCCCUGGCGGCUCAGGAGCUGAUGACACGUUUGGGUUUCCUGCUGGGAGAGCGCAUCCCUGGCUCGCCACGCGUUUCCAUGGAGGACAGGAGCCUCAAGAAGUGUGUAGUGACCAGUCAGGGAGUGAGUCCGUGCUCCACCCUGACCAGCAGCACUACCUCCCCCAGCACCACGGAGAGCCCCUGCUCCACCCUGCACAGCUCAGGCCAGCCGGCCGCCUGCACCUCCCUCACCUCCCCCAGCUCCACCCUCGAGAGCAAGGACAGCGGCAUCAUCGCGACAGUGACCAGCUCGUCUGAGAAUGAAGACCGCAGUGGCUCCAGUCUAGAAUGGAGUAAAGAUGGCAGCCUGAGUGUCAGAGACAACAGCCACACCAACAACCACACCAACACCAAAAGCAGCAGCUGCACUGGCAGUGGCAGCACCAGCACACACCAUGCCUCACCCCUGCCACCCGUGCCCCGCUCGCCCGCCGCGGGGGACGACCCUGCCACGCCUAGCAGCGCUCCACCCACCAGGUCCGGACCGGCGUCACCUGUCGCCGCGCCCACAGACACACCCACAUCUGCAGCCUAUCACAGUGGUUCUCUUGUGAUGCCACGCCCUAACUCAGUGGCAGCUACGAGCUCCACCAAGCUGGAGGAUCUGAUGUAUCUGGAUGAACAGAGGAAUGCUCCCCAGCGCUCCUCCAUGCGCCUGCCCUGGCACGGCUCACACACAGGAGGCCGCGGCCAGGAGAGCAAAGCCCGCUUCACUCCUUACAAGCCUGCUGAGAUCAUGCUGAAGCCCCUCCUCUUCGAGGUGCCCAGCGUUACCAUGGACACGAUGUUCGUGGGCCGUGAUUGGCUGUUCCAACAGCUGGAGGAUGGGCUGCGGGUCGAGGGCGAGGCCGGAAAGGGCCGCGGGACGGUCAUUGUGGGCAACGUGGGCUUCGGCAAGACGGCCGUCGUGUCCAGGCUGGUCGCCCUCAGUUGCCAUGGUGGCAGGAUGAGACAGAUUGCCUCCACCAGCCCUGGGGCAUCGCCUAAGAGUGGGAAUCUCAGUGGGGCUCCACCUCUCAAUCACUCAACCAAUCAGAGUAGAGGCUCCAACCCUGGCUCCGCCCACAGCACCCCCCUUAGGAGCAGCAGUUGCCCCGGCACCCCAGAACUACAGAGACACAGAGAGGAGGCAGCCAGACGACUGGCCAGCAAGGUGGUGGCCUACCACUACUGCCAGGCUGAUAACACCUACACGUGCCUGGUGCCGGAGUUUGUGCACAGCGUGGCCGCGCUGCUGUGCCGCUCCCCUCAGCUGGGGGCCUACAGGGAGCUGCUCCUGCGGGAGACGCAGCUCCAGGGCCUCCUCAGCCUGCGCUCCUGCGUGCAGGACCCCGUGGCUGCCUUCAGACGGGGCGUGCUGGAGCCACUUACCAACCUACGGAAAGAGAGGAAGAUAGCCGAGGAGGAUUACAUCAUUCUGGUGGAUGGCCUGAACGAGGCCGAGUUCCAUAAGCCAGACUACGGAGACACCAUCGCCUCCUUCCUCACCAAGGUCAUCUCCAAGUUUCCCUCCUGGCUCAAGCUGGUGGUCACCGUCAGGAUUAGUCACGUGGAGGUCACCAGUCUGCUGCCCUUCCCCAAGAUCUCCAUGGACGAUAUCCAUGGCAACAAGGACCUCGCUGCCGACCUGAUCGCCUAUGUGCGCCAGCGCAUGGAUGCCAGCCCCUCCAUCGCUGCCAACGUGGCGCCCAAUGGCCGCUCGGACCCUGCGUCCUCCUCCACCUCCUCCUCCUCCUCCCCUGCCUCUGGCUCCGCCACCUCCCGCCUGGCCGCCCACCUGGUGGGCCGCAGCCAGGGCUCCUUCCUCUACCUGAAGCUGGCGCUGGAUCUCUUCGAGCGCGGCCAACUGGUCACCAAGAGCUCCAGCUUCAAGGUGGUGCCCGUCUCGCUGUCCGAGCUCUACCUGCUGCAGUGCAACCUGCGCUUCUGCGGUAAUGCGGCCUUCCAGCGGGUGGCGCCGGUGCUGAGCGUGGCGCUGGCCUCGCUGCACCCGCUCUCGGAAGAGCAGCUGUUCCGGGCGCUGAACGCAGGCCAGGCGCAGGGCACGCUGGAUUGGGCCGACUUCCAGCAGCGCAUGGACACGCUGGCACCCUUCCUGGUGGUGAGGCGGGACCGCACACGCAUGUUCUGCCACCCGUCCUUCAGGGAGUGGCUGGUGUGGAGAGCUGACGGGGAGAGCACCGACUUCCUGUGUGACCCCAGGAGUGGACACGCUCUCAUGGCCUUCAUGCUGUCUCGCCAGGAUGGCAAACUCAACCGCCAGCAAACCAUGGAGCUGGGCCACCACAUCCUCAAAGCACAUAUAUUUAAGGGCUUGAGUAAGAAGACAGGUGUGUCCUCCAGCGUGCUGCAGGCUCUGUGGGUGAGCUGUAGCACUGACGGCCUCUCCGCUGCCCUGGGCUCCCUCAGGAACCUCUACACUCCCAAUGUCAAGGUGAGUCGUCUGCUGAUCCUGGGCGGGGCGAACGUGUGCUCCCGGACCGAGGUACAGGGCGGGUCCACGGUGCUGUGUGUGCAGGCCCAUCUGGGUCACCUGGAGGUGGUGGCCCUGCUACUGGAGUUUGGGGCACCCAUAGACGGAGUGUCUGAUAGCGGCAUGACCCCCCUGUGCUUCGCCUCUGCUGCUGGACACCUGGAAGUGGUCACCCUGCUCUGCAAGAAGGGAGCGAAGUUGGAGCAUGUAGAUAAGAGUGGCCAGUGUGCACUGGUCCAUGCCGCUCUCAGGGGCCACACUGACAUCAUCAAGUACCUCCUGGAGCAGCCGUGGGCCUCAGCCGACCCCCAGGAGCCCACUGGCCCCCGGUGUAAGGCCCUACAGCAGGCCCUCAUCGCAGCCUCCAGCAUGGGAAACACCCAGGUGGUGAAGAGUUUGCUGGCCUUGAGUGACGAGGACCUGAGAGUUCAGAUUGAUGGAUAUGACUCUCUGUGGGGGGAGACCGCACUCACCGCAGCAGCAGGCCGGGGCAAAUUGGAUGGGUGUUCCUUCCUGCUGGAGCAGGGUGCCAUGGUAACACAACCCAACCGCCGGGGGGUGAUGCCCAUUUUCAACGCAGUCAGAUACGGACACACACAGGUGGUGGAGCUGCUGCUGCAGCAUGGAGCCGACGUGAGCACCAGCGACAAACAUGGACGCUCACUGCUGAUGGUGGCGGCCAGCGAGGGUCACCUUGGCACUGCCAACUUUGUGCUGGACAAAGGAGCAUCUCUAACAGUGGUUGAUAAGGAGGGACUGAGUGCUCUGAGCUGGGCCUGUUUGAAGGGCCACAAGAGUGUGGUCCAGUCACUGGUGGAGAGGGGCGCCGCCAUCGACCACACAGACAAGAACGGACGCACCCCACUCGACCUGGCUGCCUUCUAUGGAGACGCUGAGAUAGUGCACUUCCUGGUAGAGCGUGGUGCCGUGAUCGAGCACAUGGACUACAGUGGCAUGCGUCCCCUGGACCGCGCCAUCGGCAGCCGCAACACCUCCGUGGUGGUCACCCUCCUGAAGAAGGGAGCCAAGCUGGGCUACAGAACCUCUCCGUACGAUCGAUCAGGGAACGCAGCCUGGGCGAUGGCCACGUCCAAGCCUGACAUCCUCAUCAUUCUGCUGCAGAAGCUGAUGGAGGAGGGGAACCUGCUCUAUAAGAAAGGAAAAAUGAAGGAGGCCGCUCAGAGGUACCAGUACGCCCUGCGGAAGUUCCCUCGUGACGGCUUCGGUGAUGACCUCAAGGCUUUCAGAGAGCUGCGGGUCUCCCUCUACCUUAACCUGUCCCGCUGCCGCCGCAAAACCAACGACUUUGGCAUGGCGGAGGAGUUUGCCACUAAAGCCCUGGAGCUGAAGCCUAAAUCAUACGAGGCCUUCUACGCCCGGGCGAGGGCCAAGAGGAGCAGCAGGCAGUUUGCUGCCGCGCUGGCAGAUCUGUACGAGGCAACGCGCCUGUGUCCCAGCAACCGGGAGAUCAGCCGCCUGUUGACCCGCGUGGAGGAGGAGUGUAGGCAGCUGCAGCGCCCAGGGGGCAAAGGUCAACUGCCAAUGAAGCACGGGUCCGACCAUGAGGAGGACGAAGAUGAUGAUGAUGAUGAUGAUGAUGAUGAUGAAGAGGAUGAGGUUGAUGAGGAGGGAGAAGGGGAGGACAGCGAGGAAGAAGGGCGUCAUUCCCGGAGCUCGCAGAAGAGCCCCGACGUGCACGGCCUGCUGGGACGGCGGGUGGAGGAAGAGGAGGAGAACAAGUACGACCACGUGGGCGAGGAGCGCGGGAGGAAGCAGGAAGCAUGGCACAAACAGCAGCAGCAGCAGCAACAACAGCAGCAGCAGCAGCAGCAGCAACAGCAACAGCAACAGCAGCAGCAGCAGCAGCAGCAGCAGCAGCAGCAGCAGGGUCGCUACCCGUUAACACGCACACUUCCAGACGCGCUCACACAUGCCCACCCGCUGCCAGACCCCCCUGCCCUCAGACGCCAGAGCCAGAGGACCAAGAGCGGGGGUCGUUCUGGGUCUCUUGGGGUAAAGAGCGCUCCCCAGUGUGGGUCCUCCAGCCCACUGCCCAGCCGCCACCUGCCCACGGGACUCAAAGCGGGGCCCUGUAUCCACAUUGGCCCCGGGGUCCCCGAGGAGCCCUGCGAGCCGCACGCCGGGCGCAAACCUUACUGCCGCCCCUCCGCUGACGCCAUGCCAGCAUCCGGCAGUGUCGCCCGGGCAACAGAACGUCUGGAGAUGGGCAUUUGCGGGCUAGGAGAGGGGGAGGGUGGCGUGGGGAAUAUGAGGAUGUCCAGCUCGUCCAGUAGCCUGGCGUCCAGUGGAGCGCUCUCAGACGGCGGACGCAACAAGGGCACAGGCACAGACAAGAUGGGCGUCUCCCCAAGUGACAGCGGUGCCAUCUCCUGGCAGGACAGCUGCGGCAGCGCGACAGGCGAGCAUAAGCCUCGACCCUUCAUGGGCGUCAUGGACAAGACUGCCCGUAUCCAACAGCAACUGCAACAACAACAACAACAACAACAACAGCUUCAGCAGCAGCAGCCACGUCACCAUGGCAACCUGGUGCACCACAGCAACGGACGCAGCUGGCAUGGCUACCCAGCAGAGAGCUACAUCGGGCACACGUCUGGUGGCGUGGCACCGGGCAUGAACUGCGACCUGGCCUACUCGUCUCAAACAGGAAGCACUUACCACGAGGCGUACCCGCACGCGCCGGGGGUACACAACGGCUCCCACGCCGGGCCGGGCGACAUGCAUCCCGCCCUGGCACUGCAGCAGCAGCACUACGGCAACGAGAGCAAGCUGAAGCAGGCCAGUCUGGCCAGGGACAACCCCAUCCACAUGAGCUCCAUCAAGCCCAAACGCUCCUUCAUCGAGUCCAAUGUGUAACACACCACAGGUGGUUUGCGCAGGCUGGCCACACCAGGCGGUUCAUCUGCACUCUGGAUCUUAUUCUUCUUUAUCAUCAUUUCCGUAUAGGAUACUCUUUUCAGUCAAAAGCAACGUUCCUCAACCAGUUAAAACUGUACAUGGAUGUAUUUGUUUCUGAAUCUUAAAAACGACAACAAAACGGAACUAUGUUGUACCCCAUAUACCCAUGGCGCUCAUGAAAGCUACAAAAUCCCGGAGCUGUUGUGCACACAAAGACUCUGAUUCUAGACCAGUGUUCAUGCAUUGGAGAGAGGGUUAGCACUAUCCACUGAGAUGUCUAUGACAGUCCUGGGAACAGCAAAUAGCUUGACAGCGCUGGACUAUGCUACACCAUCUCUCACUUAAAGUAUGACAAGGCUUUUGCUGCAGUAGUUAAAUGUAAAACAGCCACUGAAACCUACCACAACAAAAUAAACUGAACUAUAACAAAGUAUUAUUAUUAAUAUUAUUAAAGAUUUUAAGGAACAGUCUAACAGUUAAAACUCCAUCUUAAUAAUUAGAAUUACAGAUUGAAUGUCUGAUGUAUAGGCAUUCCAGUAUUCUAAAAACUUGUAUAUAUUUGUAUCCAGUUUGCUCCUUGUUGUUGUGUAAGAAUGUUUCUCUACGUGAGUGUGUGUUGGGCGGGGAUGAUACUGAACAGCCCCUUUGUAAAUUGUAUAAAUAGCCUCAUAUUAUCUACUCUGCUUGUCGCCAUUCUGGUUUAUUUAUUUACAGCACCUAUGGCUUCGUCAAUUGUAAAAGCAAUAUAUUUUAUAUAUAUAUAUAUAUAUAUAUUAGUUAUUUUUGCACAGCGGUUAUAUUAAAGAAAUGUUUUCCUAUUUAAAAGUAUAUAUAUAUAUAUAUUACAAUGCUUUAAUGCAGACAAGGUUUCAUGCAUGUCAGAGUUGCAGUUUACGAAGACUGAGGAAAUGUCUUUUUUCAGACUGAUAAUCCAAAGUGGGGAGGUAAAUGAUGGUAAUGCAUCAUGUAUACUCUCUGCAGUAGUAGCCAUGUUUAAGAUAAUCCCUUAAUGUACUGGAACCCCAUCAUAUAGUUAUAAUAAACCCCACUUCAAUCAU